CACAGACACCGAGACAUCACCGGGCACCGCACCGGGAGCAGCAUCGGGAUAUCGGGCAGCGCACCCCGGCACCGGGACCGACGCCGAUCGCCGGGCUGCGAUGCUUCCCGGGGCGGGUCCCUUCGUCUUCCUCCUCCGGUGCCUGUUGCUCCUCUUCGCCUCCGAGAGUCGAGCCCGGGCUCGGCUGGAUACGUUCUGUGACUUCAACGGCAAGAAGUACAGCCCAGGGGAGAGCUGGCACCCCUACCUGGAGCCCCAGGGGCUGAUGUACUGCAUCCGCUGCAGCUGCUCUGAGAACAACAACAUCAGGUGCUACCGGAUCCAGUGCCCAGCCCUGCAGUGUGCCAACCCCGUCACGGACCCCCAGCAGUGCUGCCCAAGGUGUCUUGAGCCACAUUCCCCUUCUGGCCUCCGGGCGCCUGUCAAGUCCUGCCAGUACAAUGGGACGACCUACCAGCAAGGAGAGAUGUUCACCACCAGUGAGCUGUUCCCCAGCCGCCAGCCCAACCAGUGUGUGCAGUGCAGCUGCUCUGAAGGCCAGAUUUACUGCGGCUUGGUGACCUGCCCGACGCUGUUGUGUUCCUCUCCAUUAACCGUGGCGGACUCCUGCUGCCAGGUCUGCAAAGAUGGCUCCUAUGAGAAGUCCACAGAAGAGGAACCCCUGCAGUUAAACAGAGGUGUUAGGCACUCGCAAGACCAGUGCUUGGGGGAGGUGAUGGGCAGGAAGCCACCCGGAGCCACUGUGUCCACUGUUCUCAGUUCUUCCCUGGAGUUCAUUCCCAGAAGCUUCAAACCCAAGGGGGCAGGUGGCACCACUGUGAAGAUCGUCUUGAAAGAGAAGCACAAGAAAGCUUGUGUUUACAACGGGAAGACCUAUUCCCACGGGGAAGUGUGGCACCCUGUCUUUCGGCUCUACGGCCUCCUGCCCUGCAUCCUCUGCACUUGCAGGGACGGCGUCCAGGACUGCCAGAAGAUCACGUGCCCCAAGGAAUAUCCAUGUGACUAUCCAGAAAAAGUAGAUGGGAAAUGCUGUAAAAUAUGUCCAGAAACUAGAGUCAAACCCACGGAUGAAAUAGUCACCACCCGGUGUGGCAAGAACCCCAGCCAUGUCCUGGUGUACAUGUUUGUGCCACCACGCUCGGAGAACUCCAAGGAGAUCCUCAGGACAAUGGCCAUCGAGAAGGAGCUGACGGAGGAGGUGGAAAUCUACAACUGGAAGCUGAUUAAAGGAAUAUUCCAUCUGAUCCAAACCAAGAAGAUCAGCAAACAAGAAUUCAAGCAAGAAGCACAAAACUUCAGGCUGAUCACCAGGACAAACGAAGGUCACUGGAACAUCUUCCGAGCCCAGACAUCAGAGCUGAGGAUGACAGAGAGCCCAGAGAAGGAAACAAAGAACUUGUAAAGCUAAAAAACUUUACCCUCGCUUUUGAUUUAUCUACACCCCCACACAUACACAUAUAUAUGAGAACCAGAGCUGCAUUAUUAAAUAGACUGGCACUUCAAUAAAGGAUACACUAGUGUAAGUUCCAGAAACUUCAGAUCCCAGUUGAUCCGUGUGAAAGCCGCAGCCAUGGAGGUGCCUCUCUCCGCUCUCUCUCCAUCUUCUGCUAUCCUUGGAUAUGCAGAGGGAAGAGGGCGAACCGGCAGAGGUGUGAGACCUGGUGUGACAUGAAGAGGUGGGAUACAUCCCUGACACCCCGGCAUUCUCAAAGAGCACCAGGAGCAAAGCUUGACUGAGCAUCUUUCCAAUCACCGAUGCAAAGAUGACCUGCAAGGAAAAAAAAUCAUUCUUAUUUCUUUUCCUGGAGCCCCUGUGAUCUGUAAAGGGUUUCUUUGGCUGAAAACCCUCCAAAGGGUGUUUUGUGAAAAGUCUUCUGUCUUUCCUCCUCUGUUCCAGCUGGGAGGAUCCUUUUCCCUUCUUUGCAGAUCUUGUGAAGAUGUAGUUUUUGGGAGGACCCACCUGCUGACAGGGUCUGGGACCCUGAACACUGCACUAAGGUUGCUACUAAGCAGGUUAUUAUGCUAUAUAUUUAUAUAUAUCCUACAUAAUAUCUACUGGGCUGUAUUCACUGGAGGCACAUCUCCCAGAGAGUCAACAGGACCAUUUCUGCAGUGUGGGGAGGAGGGUGUGCAGCAGCAUCACCUUCCCCCUGUCUGGAAACAGCUUUGGGGGAUUUUCAAGUUGGUUUUGGUAUGUGUAUUUAUCCUUGGAUUCUUGUUUUAUUCUGUUUUGAUAAAUCUAUUUAUUUGGAGAUCCAAAUCUGUCUGAUAAACCUGAUUAAAGUAUCUUCUUGA